AACUCUAACCCUAACUCCUAACCCUACCUCCUAACCGUAACUCAAACGCCUAACUUUGCCUCUGAGACAUGAACGACGGUGCAGCCAGUAAAAGCUGCAGAGCUAUGAGCCAACAGGACACUUGAGGCUGUCAAACUUCCGGGAGUUUAGGGUGUGUUUGUGUGUGUGUGUGAGGGAUUUCAGCAGACAUGGUGGAGGUGUUUUCCGGCCGGACACUUCUGAACAAAGACGGGGACUUCGUGGACCCAGAGGAGGCGCUGAGGAACAAAGUGGUGGGGAUUUACUUCUCUGCGGGAUGGUGUCCGCCAUGUCGCGACUUCACUCCCAUACUGUGUGAUUUCUACACGGAGCUGGUGGAGGAGGGCGACCCUCCGGCCCAGUUGGAGAUUGUUUUCGUCUCCUCGGACAAGUCUCCUGAUGACAUGGUGGAGUAUUAUCAUGAUAUGCACGGAGACUGGCUCGCCUUACCCUGGACGGACGACUACAAGCAUGAGUUGAAGCAGCGCUACAAGAUCACAGCAGUUCCCAAACUGGUGAUCGUGAAGGAAAACGGCGACGUGAUCACUGAUAAGGGCAGAAAGCAGAUUCGAAGCCACGGCCUGGCUUGCUUCAGGUCCUGGCUGGACGCUGCAGAGAUCUUCCAGAACUUCAUGGGUUAGAAGAAGCACAAGACGAACCUCAAUGGAGCCGAACAAAACCUGUAAUCAUUGAAAGAAUGCGCAUUCAAUUCAAUUUCUAUUCAGUUUAUUUAUGUAGCGCCCAGUCACAACGGAUGUUGUCUCAG